GCGAGUAAAGCGAGUGAUUCAGAUCCCAGACAGUUGACUUUCUCCGUUGUCGUCGGAUUUACAUCUUCUAGCAUACAAAGUGUUCGACGAAAUUCCUCUGAGAGCUCCUUAAAACUUGCUGAUAAUUCUUACCAUGAAACUGAGACGAAUCCUCGGUUCUGUUUCAAGUCUCGCUACAGAAAAGCUCUCUUCGUCUUCCUCCUCGUAUUCUUCCCGUUGCCCAUCUAGGCAGAUUUUCACCGCUUCGCAACGAAAUGCCGGAGGCAACCACUCAGAAGCGUUACCUGGGAAGCACAUCGAAUGGGCAUCGCUUGGUUCAGUCAGAAACUCGAGGUUCGCAUCUGGGUUCUCACCGUUGAAGCCGAAACCGUUGGAUUCGAUCAUGGAUUUGGAUAGAGCCAAGACUAAAUCUCCCGAGGAGCUCACUUCGAUCUGGGACGAUUAUCACUUGGGACGUGGUCACAUUGGGAUUACUAUGAAAGCUCAGCUUUAUCGUUUGUUGGAGCAACGAGCAGCUGAGUGCCGAUACUUUGUCAUUCCAUUGUGGAGAGCAAAUGGUUAUAUUACAAUGUUUGCUCAAGUUGAAGCGCCUCACAUGAUCUUCACUGGUCUCGAAGACUACAAAGCGAGAGGAACUGAAGCGGCUCCUUACUUGACAAGCAAAUUCUACACCGAGCUUUCAGAGACGAAAGACUUGGUGUUUAUUCGAGGUGAUGUUGUGUUCACAAGCAAACUCACAGACGAGGAGGCGAAAUGGCUCAUGGAAACAGCUCAGUCAUUUUACUUGAACGACACUCGGUACAAGCUGCUUGAGCGGUUCAAUAAACAUACUCAUGACUUUGAGUUCAAGGAUGUGUUACAAGCUCUGGAUAUGCCUAUUCUGUGAUCUGAUAAAUCAAGAAAAAAAACUCGUCUGAUUUUUGAGAUACUUUGUAUUAGUUUGCUUUUGGGAAUAUCAGAUACGAGAGAUUUUGCUCUUUAACGAUCAUUCCAAAAUGUGAUGUUCAUUUUGGUGGUGUAUUGAAAAGUUUAAAACUCUUUAUAUUAUAAUUAAAUGAUAUAUUAUUUACAU